CUAUAUCACAUAUUAUCUUUGAUUUUGUAUGAUUAUUUUGCAUUUAACAUCGUAAAAAAUGUACUAAUUUGAAGAUUUUUUGAAAACUUAAAUUCUCCAAUAGCACAAUAGAUCAUAUAUUCUAUGGGUGAAUGUGAAAUUCAAAUUUAUGUCCGGUUCAAUUCAGCUCGAGUUUUACUUAACCGGAACGAAAAUCAAAUCGAACCGUAUUUUGAAGAAUAAAACGACGACGAUUUGAGCAGAUUUUUCAGGAUUUAAUUUGUAAUAAUGCAAAAAGAUUGAGUUUUUGUUGUUUGUUGAGAUAUUUAAAAAGAUUCUUCAGGUUUUAAUUUGUUUUCCAACUCUCUCCUCUGCUUUACAACAAAUCGUCUCCGUCUUCCUCGCUCAGCUUCAACAACCAGAGCCGACUUGAGAUUGAGAAUCAACGUAAUCGAUACUCUCGCAAAGUCUCAUCCUUUCUCAGCAAAAAACACUAGGAAAUGGUUGAAAGGCAUGGAGAGUUUUGAUUUGCUGCUUAAGAUAUAUCAUGUCGCAGUGCGUUGACGGUAUCAAGCAUUUAUGCACCUCUGUUUUAGGGUGUUUUGAUCUUGAUUUGUAUAAACAAUCUGGUGGCCUUGGAGAUCCUGAAUUGCUUGCAAGAGACACUGUUUUUAGUGUGAGUGAAAUAGAAGCUCUUUAUGAGCUUUUUAAGAAAAUCAGCAGUGCCGUGAUUGAUGAUGGGCUAAUAAACAAGGAAGAGUUUCAGUUGGCUUUGUUUAAGACAAAUAAAAAAGAGAGUUUGUUUGCAGAUCGGGUUUUCGAUUUGUUUGAUACAAAGCACAAUGGAAUACUGGGGUUUGAGGAAUUUGCUCGUGCUCUCUCCGUCUUUCACCCAAAUGCGCCUAUAGAUGACAAAAUUCACUUUUCAUUUCAGCUAUAUGAUCUUAAACAGCAAGGGUUUAUCGAACGGCAAGAGGUGAAACAAAUGGUUGUCGCUACGCUUGCUGAAUCUGGAAUGAAUUUGAAGGAUACUGUCAUUGAGGAUAUAAUCGACAAGACGUUUGAGGAAGCAGACACAAAACACGAUGGAAAGAUCGAUAAGGAAGAGUGGAGAAGCCUUGUUCUUAGACAUCCCAGCCUUCUGAAGAACAUGACUCUUCAAUAUCUCAAGGAUAUCACGACUACGUUUCCAAGCUUUGUGUUCCAUUCUCAGGUUGAAGAUACCUGAAAAAGCAAAAGCAAAAGCAAGCAGCGGCAAGACAUCAUUGUAUUGUUGAAGGUUGUUCUUUCGUUAUGGUUCUUUAUUUGUUACAUUUCUAAAUCUCUGAACUCAUUUUAUUUUUUAUUGAGCUUUUUUUGUGAAGCAAAAUUCUUCUUUUUAGUUUGGUUUUUGUCCUUUUUGAUUUCGCUCGGUCUAUCUGUAGAUACAACUUUUGCAUCUUGAUGUUAUGGUAAUGUAAAGUUUUUCAGUUUAUUUAUUAAUCCAAUUAAAAAGAUUUGCUUC